CUCGCGAGGUGGAUUCGAAGGUGUCCAGAGCUUUGUCGUUGACACAGACAGUGAAGGCGGCCCAGGGCCAUAGCACCCCAUCUCCUGCUCAUGCAAGCUCAAUCAAAUCAACUCCAAUCCUCGAGACUUAGAGGUUAGCACAGCGUUUUACUUGACGCUUCUGCUGUGCUGCGGCUUGUCUGGCCAUGAGUGGUGCGGGUGCAGAGGUGGUCCGCCUUUUUGAGAAGGCCAGCACCGCAGCAAAUGCUGCUGGAGCUGGGGACAGCCUGGUUGCAAGCGAAGAGAGCAGGGCGGCAGAUGCCCUGCAGCAGCUGCAGAAGGUGUCCAUCAGCACUGCUGUCCUGGUGGAGACACAGGUGGCCAAGAAGGUGCGCCGCCUGAUCAAGCACCCCAGCCGCAAGAUCAGCGCCGCGGCGCAGGCCCUGUUAGACACCUGGAAAAAGGCAGUGGUCGCAGAGGGACCUGCCAAGUCAGCCGCCACUCCGCAGGUACCAAAUGAUGCUCCUGACAGGGCGCAGCCAAAUACAAACGAGGGCAAUUCGGUUGGGAAGCCCAUGGGGUCAGCCACCGACGCAGGAGCCCUCCCUGAGGGGGAGUUGGCGGAACCCCCCUCUCCUUCUGGAGCAGCCGCGGAGACGCCAAUGAGUCGAGCCGUGUCACGGGAGGAGGUGGAGGCAGCACUGGCCGGCGUAGAGGUGAUCGGGGUUGAGCUGCGGGACAAACUGCGCGGCAACAUUGUGGAGGCGCUCAUGAUGGCGCAGGUGGAUGCCAGGACGUGCGCGUGCAACGCAGUGGCGGUGGGCACGGCGGUGGAGGCGGAGCUCUACAAGCAGUUUGUGAAAGACGCGCGCGACAUGAGCCUCUACAAGGCCAAGUACCGCUCCAUCCAUUUCAACCUCAAGGACAAGAAUAACCCGGAUCUCCGGAAUAGAGUUUUGACCGGCGGUGUGAGUCCAGCCCGUCUGAUGACCAUGACGGCAGAGGAGAUGGCGAGCGACGAGAAGAAAUACCAGAUCAAGCUGAUUCGAGACAAGGCCAUGUUUGAGGCGGACCGGUCCAUGAAGAACGUGGCCAGCACCGACCAAUUCAAGUGCGGCAGGUGCAAGCAGCGCAAGUGUACCUACUUCCAGAUGCAGACGCGGAGUGCGGAUGAACCCAUGACAACGUUUGUAACAUGUACAGUAUGUCAAAAACGGUGGAAGUUCUGUUGAGUAGGUAUGGGGCAAUGAGGACUUCUGCUCGUCUGGCAGCCGUAACGGGACAUGACAAUCAUUCCUUGUUGAAGACAGAACACGAUCCUGAUUGUUGAUCACCCAUACGCAAAGCGUACAAUACAUUCAUUGGUUCCUUCUGGCCCCUUUGGUCGGACAUGACGCGUUUGAACCUUGCGUUGACUCCAUAUACAGCAGCGUAGUGAGUUGUAAGUUGUAACACCCACAGAUCUCUAGAGAUAUUAGUUACCUUUGACAGGUCAUAUACAUGCAUGGUCGUGAU